AUGACUAAGUUACCCCAACGUCUCCAAAAGAGUGUAUCCGGUGCCAAUUUCCAGCUGGAAAACUCUAGUCUUCAAAUCUCCUUUCUAUCUCAGAAGCUCUCUCAUCGUCAUCGUCUUUGCAAUUUCCAUAUGGCUGUGGAAGUGGACUAUGUAGUUGAUUUUUUGCUAAUGAAACUUGACAGACUGGAGUCCAGGGUUUUGCUGUAUCUUUCACGUUGGCAAGGGGUAGUUUCACAUCUGGACAAGUUGCGAAUAAAGUUGAGGAAGAUUCAAGCAGACCUCGCCGAUAUAUACCAGUGUCAAUCCUUCGAGGAUUCGAAAUUUUGGCUGGACGAUUUACUGGACUGGGCUUAUAAUGUGGAUGACGUACUGGAUGAGCUUCCCACUUGUAUUUUAGAGAGUGAGCCGAUGGCCAAAGGGUGUUUAAGCAUUAGCAAGGCGCGUAGCUUUAUCCCUGCUUGUUUUACUGAUUCGACUCCAAAUCUCCAUAUGGUGACCAAGUUAAUAGAUAUCACUCGCCAAUUUGAAAAAUUAUGCGGUGCUUCACCACUCAUCUUUCCGCUGUUUAACUCGCCGAAUCAUCGAGGGAUAUCAAUUCCUUUUCGGAAAGUACCACACCCUAAAUCUUUACUUACACAAUCUGGUAUUUACGGUCGAGAUGAGGAUAAAGAAAAGAUACUUGAAAUGGUGUUAAAUGAGGAGUCAAAUGAUUUCAAUUUUAGUGUUAUAAGCAUUGUUGGGAUGAUAGGAAUUGGCAAAACAAGGCUAGUUCAAGAGGUCUACAACGACAAGGCUUUGGAAGGUUUCAAUAUCAGAGCAUGGGUAAAUGUCUCCUCUGGCAUCACUAUUGACGAACUUCACGAGCGGCUUCUCCAGCAGAUCACUUUAUCAUCCUGCAGGUCUUAUGGAUUACAAGAAAUGCGAAUUGCACUGGCAAAAGCUGUAAUUGGAAAAAAAAUGCUUGUUUGUCUUGGAUGA